GAAUUUUGUAAAGUUAAGAAACAAUGUCUCGAAGAUAUGAUUCCAGAACCACUAUAUUUUCUCCAGAAGGUCGCUUAUAUCAAGUUGAAUAUGCCAUGGAAGCCAUUGGACAUGCAGGCACCUGCUUGGGAAUUUUGGCAAAUGAUGGUGUUUUGCUUGCUGCAGAGAGACGCAACAUCCACAAGCUUCUUGAUGAAGUCUUUUUUUCCGAAAAAAUUUACAAACUCAAUGAGGACAUGGCGUGCAGUGUGGCCGGCAUCACCUCUGAUGCUAAUGUUCUGACCAACGAACUGAGGCUCAUCGCUCAAAGGUAUUUAUUACAGUAUCAAGAGCCGAUUCCUUGUGAGCAGUUGGUUACAGCACUAUGUGAUAUCAAACAGGCUUACACACAGUUUGGAGGCAAGCGUCCCUUCGGUGUCUCACUGCUCUACAUCGGCUGGGACAAGCACUAUGGAUUCCAGCUGUAUCAGAGUGACCCCAGUGGGAACUACGGGGGCUGGAAAGCCACAUGCAUUGGAAAUAACAGUGCUGCAGCUGUGUCGAUGUUAAAACAAGACUACAAAGAGGGGGAAAUGACUCUGAAGUCGGCACUUGCUUUGGCCAUCAAAGUGCUGAAUAAGACCAUGGAUGUUAGUAAACUGUCUGCUGAAAAAGUGGAAAUUGCCACGCUCACCAGGGAGCAUGGGAAGACGGUGAUCAGAGUUCUCAAACAAAAGGAGGUGGAACAGCUGAUCAAAAAACACGAGGAAGAAGAAGCUAAGGCUGAGCGGGAGAAGAAGGAGAAGGAGCAAAAGGAAAAGGACAAAUAGAGGACUGGGGUCUGUGACUCUGUCACAUUCUACUUCUGGGUAAAAAUAGCAUCUUGCGCCCGGCGGCUGUUGAGACUUGGGCGUUGGGCAAACAGGACAUGGUGCGCCCAGUUGGGGCCUUGGUGUUUUGUCCAGUUGAUUACUAAUUGUAAAUGAUGACUUAUUCUUUAUGGACACCUUACUCUUUCACCCUUAUUUUUUUUGGAAUAAAACUUGGAAAGAAUGGAA